AUGUCAACUCCACACUUAUCAGCAAAUAAUACCAAUAAUGAAGAUUCAGCUGCAAGUCCUAUUUUGUUAGAAAUUGAACCUUCAGCAAAUAAUACCAAUGAAGCAACUCAAAACAAUAAUGAGCAGCAACCCGACACCAUUGAUAAAGAGGAUGAAAGUCCAUAUGCUCCAAAGAAAAGAAAACGAACAUCCAAAGUGUGGGUUGGCUUUAAAGAGGUUACUCUUCCGGAUGGAACAAUAAAGGUUGAAUAUAUUUAUUGUAAACAUCGGCUCACAAUUAAUAAGACUGGUGUUACAUCCCAUUUUUUGAGGCACCUCAAGGGUUGUUUGAGGAAGCAGAUUAGUGAUAAAGGUCAAAAAAUUAUUAGUGUCACUAUAACUAUUGUUGAAUCAGAAACUGUUAAUGUUGUCCAGAAUUUCAAGUAUGAUCAUGGGAAGAAUAGAGAGAUUUUUUCUCACAUGAUUAUUGUUCAUGAGCUGCCAUUCCUUUUCUUUGAAUAUGAAAUGUUCAAUUUAUUAAUGAGGACCGCAAUUCCAUAUUAUCAUAAGAUUAGUCAUGCUACUGUGAAAAAAGAUUGUAUGACUUCUUAUGAAAUUGAUAAGAAAAAAGUUAUGGAAUCAUUAAAAGAUAUGAAUAGGGUUAGUGUGACUACUUAUUUAUGGAAGUCAGAUCAAAAGGUUUCAUAUAUAGUUGUCACCUGUCACCAUGUGGGCUCUAGUUGGAAUUUGCAAAAGAGGAAUCUGAAUUUCUUAGAUGUUCCUCCACCUCAUAAUGGGGUUUCCAUCUGUGAUGUGUUAAAUAAGUGCUUGGUUAAAUGGGGAAUUGAAAAUAAGGUAUGGUCAAUUACAGUUGAUAAUGCUAGCUAUAAUGAUGUAGUUGUGAGGAUGUUGAAGGAUAACCUCUCCUAUAAAAAUAAUCUUCCUCUUAGUGGUAAAUUAUUUCAUGUAAGAUGUUGUGCACACAUCUUGAAUCUUUUGGUGCAAGAUGGGUUAUCUGAGAUUCAAGAUAUUUUUUUCAAUGUGCGUGAAAGUGUGAAACAUAUAGCUGCCUCAGAGACUCAUGUUAAUAUAUUUAGUGAAAUUUCAAAGCAAUUGAAACUAUCUUCAAAGAAACUUGUUUUGGAUUGUUGCACAAGGUGGAAUGCCACAUUUUGUAUAUUAUCGGCUGCUUUAGAGUUCAAAGACGUUUUUCCUAGAUAUGCAGCAAGGGAUGCAGCUUAUACUUUUUUGCCAAGUGAGGAGGAUUGGAAGAAGGUUAGUGUUGUUUGUUCAUUUCUUGAGGAAUUUAAUGAAAUAACUCAUCUUAUUUCGGGAAGUGAAUAUCCUACUUCUUACUUUUUUCUUACUGAACUUUACACCAUUAAAAAGUUGUUAAAUGAAGCAAGUGCAGAUGAAGGAAGUUUCAUAGUAGAAAUGAUUAACAAGAUGAAGAUUAAAUUUGAUAAAUAUUGA